AUGGCGGAAUCGGCUCCUCAAUCAACAACAAAUGGUGUCCAGAGUCUUCCACAACCCACAUCCGGUGAGAAAUCGGCACCGAAAGGCCCAUUAAACUGGAGGAAGGUCUUUCCAAAGGUAAACCAAAGUCUUCAAUUCUUCGAAGGUGUCAACCACAGCUAUGUGAAACCCCCGUCUGAGCUUCUUCAGAUUGGAGUCGAACAAUGGUCCUACAGUCUCGUUGGUCGGUUCUUGGGCAAGGCCCCUAAGUUUGGGAAAAUUGUAUCUGUCGUUAAUGGUUUAUGGGGUAGACAAGGGAAAGUGAUGGUUAGCACUAUGGGCUCACUGUUUAUUUUCCAAUUUCCAAAUGAGGAUGCCAUGACUUGGGUUCUGGAAACGGGACCGUGGCAUGUAGAACGAAAAUUUAUGAUGUUGCAAAGAUGGAGUCCGGCUUUCACUGAAGAAGAAUUGAGCAUAAAGAAGAUGCCAGUAUGGGUCCAACUGCGGAGAAUCCCACUCCAGUACUUCCACCCUAAGGGCAUCAGCUUCCUAGCGAGUGCGAUUGGUAAGCCACUAUACAUGGAUAGAGCUACUGCCCUGCGCUCGAGAUUAGACUAUGCGAAAGUGUGUAUAGAGGUUGAGGUUGAAAAUGAAAUCCCGAAUAAUUUAACUGUUGAUCUUGGCAAUGAACACACUGUGGAGGUUCUAGUGGAUACCCCGUGGCUGCCUGCGAAGUGUGACCAAUGCAAGGUUUUCGGGCACAGUUGCAGCAGCCCUCCUAAAGCUGCACCAGCGGAGUCGACGCCACCCCCAUCUGAAGUUCCUGCAGCAACUGUGGAAGAGAAACUUGGAAUGGCCUCUUCUUCUCCUUCUCGGACCGAUGGAAUACAAGAGGCUGGGUUUAGUGACUUGCGUAGUGCUGGAGAGUGCGGACUGGAAGCCUUAAAUCCUGUGAAUGCAGCUACCUCCUCUGCCUCAGAUGAAAACCAAAUGACAGUACUGAAUGACUUACAUGGGGACAAAUCUGCAGACCAUUCCAAAGGUGUAUCCCCAAGGUCCAACAGCAAACCAGCGGAUUUAGAAGCAAUGAAGCCCCAAGAUGAUGCCAUCAGCUCUAAUGAUGAUUUGGAGGUAUAUUCACGGUAG